CCACCUUCGGCUUGGCCCCUUCCUUUCCUAGGAACUCGAGCAUUCGUUUAGCAGUCAGCGCGAGUCGCUUACAGCCCCUUCUCACCCGCUGAUCCUCCCACCUCCCAUCGCUCCUUCGCCUUUCAUUCACAUUUCCCUCCUCCAUCCUACUCUGUCAAGCUUUCCAUCGCAUUCCUCCCCACAAAUACCCUAUACUCGAAUAAAACGAAUGUCCCCUCUGUCACACAUUGCCGUCCUUGGCGGCGGAAUCUCCGGUCUGUCUACCGCUUGGUACCUGGCCCGCACAGCUCCGAAAAAUGUAUCCAUUACACUCCUCGAGGGUUCCAAACGCGUGGGCGGCUGGAUGCAAUCCGACCGCUUAAAGGACCCUCAGCACCCUGGUGGUUCUAUCUUGCUCGAACGUGGACCACGCUCGCUACGACCCCAGGGUAUCAGUGGACUCAAUACGCUCGAAAUGAUCAAGUCCCUUCACCUCGCCUCAAAGCUAGAGCCAGUUCCCAAGACCUCGCCUGCGGCCAAGAACCGCUACAUCUACGCUCAUAACAAGCUGCACAUGCUGCCCUCUUCGAUUGAGGGUGCGCUCACCCACCCGCUGAUCACACCAAAGCUCCCCCGCGCAGCUCUGGAUCUUGUCAAGGGUGGCAGUGGUCAAGAAGAUGAGAGCAUCGAGAGUUUUGUGAGUCGACGCUUUGGCAGGGGGUUCUCAGACGAGUUGAUCUCGGCCAUGGUCCAUGGGAUUUAUGCCGGAGAUGUGAGCAAGCUAUCAGUUCGGUCGACAUUUGGGAUGUUAUAUCAUCUCGAGAAGGACUACGGAUCUGUUGUCAUGGGGAUGAUGAUGGGUGGAGGAAAUGUUGAGACACCCUGGGAUAAGACGCUAAAAGAGAAGAUUGUUGCUACGAUGCCGGAUGUAACGGAAUUUGUGGAUAAGACAAGUAUUUAUUCGUUCACGGAUGGCCUUGAGGAACUCUCUAGGGCAUUGGAGAAGGAUUUGGUGAUGGGUGGACGCGUCAAGAUUCUCAAAGAUGCCCAAGUUGAGAAAUUGGAUUUUGACCAUACUAACAGAACAGUCAAGGUAUCCAUCAAGGACCAAGAUCCUGUAUAUGCCAAUACGGUCAUCUCUGCUCUCCCUCCACGCGCUCUUCACGAUCUCCUGCCAAUAUCGCAUCCAGAGCUCAUCCAUAAUCCAUCGGUCACUGUUGCUGUCGUAAACCUUGUUUACGACGCAAAGCAGGCUCGUCUUGCAUCACCUGGCUUCGGUUACUUGAUCCCCCGAUCCGAGAAUUCAGCUGCGAACUAUCAAGGGCUUCUUGGAAUAGUCUUUGAUUCAUGUGCGAUCCCUUCUCAAGAUAUGGGACCGAGCCGGGACCAAACACUUAAGUUGACGGCCAUGAUCGGAGGACACAUGUUUGACGACGUGCUAGCCCGCCAAGCAGCAGCAGCGGAUAGCAACGGCAAGCCAUCAGCAUCAUCAACAGUAGUAUCACAGCAGGCCUCAAGGAAUAGUCAUCAGAAACUGACAUCAUUCUUUGAGAAGACAGCGACGGAUGCGGUCAAGAGGCAUCUUCAGAUCGAUUCGGUGCCUGACACAGUGAAAGUUCAUAUCCAUCGAGAGUGUAUUCCUCAGUACAUGGUCGGACAUCUGCAGCGGAUGCAGACGUUAGAUCAAUCGCUAAGGAGCGAAUAUGGCGGACUCUUAGCUGUUACAGGUGCAGGGUACUUGGGCGUGAGCGUAAACGACUGUAUUAAGAAUGCGAGGGAGGUGGCAGAAGCGGUGAUUUCAAAAUUGGAGGAGGUAGAUGACGGUGAAGCGCAGUUAGUGGGCCAGCAGGACGCGGUAACAGGGCUCGAGCGGUCCUGGUUCUUAUAAUGUCUUCAUUUCCAAAAAAAAAAAAAAAAAAGGACCUAGUGGUUUGUAUUAGCUAUAUCGUUACUUUGCGCGCUCGUCCAGCGCAAAAAAAUAAAAUAAAAAAUACCCCCGGGUCCACUCGAGCUCUGUCUGACUUAAAAUAGCAGUAUUAAGAACCG